AUGUCGGCCUCACGAACGUACCAAGACGCCCUCGACCACCUCAACACCCUCAUCCCAAACCUCAAAGUCCACGCCCUCUUCAACUCUCCCAAAAACAAAGAUGCCCCCUCAAAACCGCCCGCCGACCCCAACGCCCUCGCAAUCCCCGAAAUGCGCGCCUGGCUCCUCCGCGCAGACCUGCCCCCCUCAACCCUCUCCCGGCUCUCCUACAUCCACAUCGCCGGCACAAAGGGCAAAGGCACCGUGACAACCCUCACCUCCUCCGCCCUCCUCGCCUCCUCUCCCCCAUCCGCAAAGAUCGGCACCUACACCUCUCCGCACCUCCUGCACCCCCGCGAGCGCAUCUCCAUCAACGGCCUCCCCGUCCCCCAGCCCCUCUUCGCGCAUCACUUCUUCGCCCUCUGGGACACCCUCUCCGCCGCCCCCGCCGACCCCUCCCUCGGCAUCGACGCCGGCGCCAAGCCCUUCUACUUCCGCUACCUCACCCUCCUCGCCCUGCGCAUCUUCCUCGCCGAGGGCGUGUCCACCGCCGUCGUCGAGUGCGGCAUCGGCGGCGAGCACGACGCCACCAACAUCCUGCCGACGGAAUCCGUCACGGCGUCUGUGAUCACGCAGCUCGGCAUCGACCACGUCGCCAUGCUCGGGUCGACCGCGGAGCAGAUCGCAUGGCACAAGGCCGGCAUCAUGAAACCCGGCGUCGCCACCUUCACCCGCGCCCUCGACGCCCAGCCGGGCGUCAUGGCCGUCCUCCGGGACCGCGCGGCCUCCACCGGCGCGACGCUGGUCGAGGUCCCCGACGCGGAGGUGUCUUCCUGGCCUGGUGUGCCUGACGCAAAGAUCCCCGGCGGCGAGUUCCAGAAGAGGAACCAAACUCUCGCGGCCCUAGCAGCACGGCACCACCUCCGCGUCCUCGAGUCCAAGAACACCGCCAUACCCCCAGACACCUCCCUCACAAACCUCCCCGAGGGCAUCACCACAGGCCUGCGGAACGCAAACCUCCGCGGGCGCCACGAAAUCAUCCCCAAAGGGCGCGUCUCAUACCACCUCGACGGCGCGCACAACGCCGACUCCCUCGCGCAAGUAGCCGCCUGGAUCGCCCCGCUCAUCACAUCCCCGAACACGCCCUUCGUCCUCGCCUUCAACCAGCAGGAGCGCGACGCCGCGGAGCUGCUACUGGGUCUUCUGGCGGAGAUGAAGACGUGCGGCGUAGAUUUGGAGGCGAAGCUCACGCACGCAAUCUUCACGCGAAAUGAUAAGGCCAGGCUCGAGGAUGCGGAUGUGAGCGUGCAGCAGAAGUGUGCCGAGGCGCUGCGGGCGGCGUAUCCCAAAACGAAAACGACGGUAUGCGCGGAUCUGGGCGAGAUGACGGCCGCCGUGGACGAGAUCGCAUCCGCUCAUGAGGAAGCGACGAAGGUCCUCGUGACGGGGAGCAUGUACCUGGUCGGCAACUUGAUAGGCUUCCUGGAGCCGGAAAGCCAGUUUUGA